ACCGAAGCAAGCCGCUUACGCGAUAUGUUGCACCGAAAAAUAUACAUGGUCGGCCUGUGCAGUGUUUUGUAUUUACGUUUCCACUGAUCCAGAUUAUUUACAAUUUUUUUUUUCUUCAGUUGUAGUAAUUUUGGUGUUUUGGUUAAUUUUCACAGCUGCUCUUGUCGCCUCCCGCUGUUGCCGCCUUUGCUGUAUAACUGUUUCUGCUGCUUUUGACGCCGCUGUUUACAAAUAUCUGUGUACUUUGUAUGUAGCCGCGUUUCUACCGGCCGUACUGUCAUGGUCCUGAUCAAAGAGUAUCGUAUCUGCAUGCCAUUGACCGUUGAAGAGAAUAUAAUUAACAAAACAUGUUGUUGAAUACUGAACGUGCUGAUAAAAUGGAGGUAAAAAUAGAACCUGUAUCUUCAACUCCAGUUUUAAAGUGGAAAAAAAUUGUUGAUCCUAUUGGGCCUCAACCUAGGCCGCGUCAUGGGCACAGAGCAGUGGCUAUAAAAGAUUUAUUAAUUGUAUUUGGUGGAGGUAAUGAAGGUAUUGUUGAUGAAUUGCAUGUUUAUAAUGCUGCCAACAACCAAUGGUUUAUACCUCAAACAUCUGGUGAUAUCCCACCAGGGUGUGCAGCAUAUGGUUUAGUUGUUGAUAAUACUAGAUUAUUAAUUUUUGGAGGAAUGGUUGAGUAUGGGAAGUAUUCAAAUGAACUUUAUGAACUACAAGCUUGUCGAUGGCACUGGAGUAAACUGCAGCCAAGGCCUCCUUUAUAUCAUAUGUCUCCUUGUCCUCGAUUGGGUCAUAGUUUUACAUUAAUUGGCAACAAAGUUUAUUUAUUUGGUGGUCUAGCUAAUGAUAGUAAUGAUCCCAAGAAUAAUAUCCCACGCUAUUUAAAUGAUUUAUAUACAUUAGAUAUAUCAUCACCUGAUGCUUUAGCGUGGGAUAUACCUGAAACAGUUGGUGAUUUUCCUCCACCUAGAGAAUCACAUACAGCUGUGGCGUAUACUGAUACACGAGGAAAAUGUAAACUUAUCAUUUAUGGUGGUAUGAGCGGUUGUCGUCUUGGAGAUUUAUGGACAUUAGAUAUAGAUACUAUGUCUUGGAAUAGACCAAUUGUUUUAGGCCCUAAACCUCUACCAAGAUCACUACAUACCGCUGUUACUAUAAAAAAUCGUAUGUUUGUAUUUGGUGGAUGGGUUCCUUUUGUGGAAGAAGUAAAGUUGCCAAUUCAUGAAAAAGAAUGGAAGUGUACUAAUCAACUGGCAUGUUUAAAUUUAGAGACAAUGACUUGGGAAGAAUUAAACAUGGAUAUGAAUGAAGAUAAUAUGCCUAGAGCUAGAGCUGGUCAUUGUGCAGCAAAUAUACAAACUAGAAUGUAUGUAUGGUCUGGCCGAGAUGGCUAUAGAAAAGCAUGGAAUAAUCAAGUAUGUUGUAAAGAUCUUUGGUAUUUAGAAGUAGAUAAGCCUCAAAAGUGUUCUAAAAGUCAGUUAGUUCGAGCAUCUACUAAUGCUUUGGAAAUUGUAUGGAACAGUGUACCAACUGCAGAUGCUUACAUCUUACAAAUCCAAAAGUAUGAUCAACCAGCAGAUACUGCAGCUCCUGCACCACCAUCUAUGAUUGAUUAUUCAUUAUUGCCUUUCUUAACUCCUGAAUUGGCUAAAAAGAACACGGAUGAUGAUUGUACAAUUGUGCCUACUACUGAACCUUCUAGCAGUCCUGUUAAACCAAAUCAAAUGAUAAAAAUAUUACCACAAGGCACUGUUAACUCAACAUUAAUUAAAGAUCAGCCAUUUACUCCUGUAACUGCUCAAGCUUCUGGAACGAUGAAAAUUAAAACUGUUCAAAGUACUAAUAUAACACCAUCAUUACAACAAAACUUCAAAGCUAUAAGUCCUGUUACAUCAAAGAAUUCAACUUCUUUUGUUAGUUCCCCUUCAAUGGAUAUAAUGUCAGAUGCUGCUAUGCAUACUCUUGCUGCUGCUGCUUCUGCUACUCAAAAGAUCAAAACAACUGUUGUAGUUUCUAAACAAACAGAACAACCUAAACCUGUUAUUAAAACGGCAAGUGCUCCAUUUAAAAUUGUUCAAACUCAGAGGUCAAUUAAAAAUGUUAUGUCACCUGUUAGUACAACUAUACCUCAACAACAAGCAGUUAGAAUCACAGGUCCAGCAUUGCAAACUUCUGUUGCUGGGACUGUUCUAAAAACUGGAUCAAAUGUUUUUGGAAAACAGGUAAUUUUUCAAAAACCUGGAGGUUCACAAUCAAAUUUUGUUACAUUAGUAAAAACAAGUCAAGGUAAUUUAAUACAAGGAAUUCCAGGAAAAAUGAUAGGUACAACUACACCAAAUAAAAAUAUGCAACCAUCAGUUCUUAAGUUUAUUAAUCCUCCAAUUAAUCAACAAAAUAGUCCUAUUAAAACUAAUGCAACCAUGAAAACUGUUCCAUUAAAAACUGUUGGUACAAGAUUACCAGUAGCUAAUAAACCAACAAUUGUUAUCCAAAAAGGAAAUACGAAUCGAUCAGCAUCUCCUCAAAUAAUAAUUGUUACUACUGGAUCAAAUAUUAGGGGUAUACAGACUUUUUCAGCAUCUCAAGCUAACCUUACUAAUCGUUCCAGUGUUUCCAACUCCCCUGUACAAAUGGUAAUGGUAUCAUCGGGUAGCAAUACACCAACUGGAAGUAAACCUAUCACCAUAACAAUGGCAGGAGCUGGUACUCGAAAAAUGGUCACUCUUGGUAAAUCAAAUUUGACAGGGAUGACAAUUGGUGGUAAACCGGUCACUCUACAAAUGGUCAGUGGUCAAAAUAAUAUGGCCAUACUGACAUCUAACUCGAGUGGUAACAUGGUUCAGCUUAAAAAUACCAAUAUUGUAAAUACUUCAGGCACUCCAAGACCUGUUGGGAUAAAUUCUAAAGUACCGUCUUCCGUAAAAGUAUCCUCUGAUUUGCCAGCUAGUACUGAAUCAGCUUUGACUCAAUUAGCAGUUGAAGCUGGUAUCAUAGAAUCAUCCAAAAAUUCUAAUGAAAUGGAAGAAUCUUCUGAUUAUUCCAAGGAUGAAUUAGAAAAUUUAAUUAGAGAAGAAGGUAUUGAAAGUUUGGAUGUAGAUAUUGCCAAUAUAAACAGUGCUGAGGAUGCAACUGUUAUUGACUGAAAAGACACUUAUUUUUAUCCUUAUGACUUCAGUAUAUUAAUGACUAUUAGUUUUAUUUUUAGCUAAUUUUUUAAAUUCUAUUCAGACCUGAUUUCAUAAUAGCCUAUUCAUAGUCUAUCAAUAUUGUAUUCUAUAUUUUUCAAGAAAUUUUUUUCUCAACACAGAAAAAUAUGGGUAGUUGUAAUUUUAUUAUGUACAUACAAUUUUGUAUAAUAAAAAUAGUAUGGUUAAAAAUGUUAAUUUACUUGAAUUAUUUUGGUCUAAUUGACAUAUUAAUGUUUUUUUUAAACAUUAGCCCAUUUGUUAUUGCAGCUCUUAAAUGGCUUAUAUAAUUUCAUAGUGGGUGUAUUAUGAUAUUCAUUGUUUAUAUUUAUAAAAAUUUUGGUUAUUUGUAUAUAUGUAACUAAAAAUGUAUGGUCUAAUGUUUUUGAUGGGUUUUAAUUUUUUUGUAUUUUGUAUACAAAAUAAAAAUGAAAAUUCAGGAUACAGUAAAAUUGAGGCAAGUGAAGACCACUAAUGUAUCAAUUAAAACAAAUUUAUUAUUAAUAUAUAGCACUUAUAUUUUUCUUCUUAUUUUCGGUUUAUUUAUUUGUAAUAUUUUAUAGAAUAAACAAAAAUUAAUGUUAAAUAAAAUACAGUAUAAUAUAUUUAUGAGGUA